GAUCUUAGAAGAGGCUUUGCGCGUGCGCGCUCCUUCCGCACGGGCCUGAGUGGUGGGUGUCGCUAUCCAGCUUCAGCGGUCUCUGCCGCAGCCCCAUCUCUUCGUCCAGGGCGCUCCUUCGCAGAGCUGAGAAUGUUCUCGGAACUCAGUAACCUUCUCAACACCAGUCCUGACAAGGUGGAGCAGGGGAAACUGACUCUACUCUGUGAUGUCAAGACUGAUGGCAGUUUCCUUGUGCAUCACUUUCUCUCCUUCUACCUCAAAGCUCAUUGUAAAGUCUGCUUUGUGGCACUCACUCAGUCCUUCAGUCACUACAAUAUCGUGGGACAGAAGCUGGGGGUCAGUCUGACCAUAGCACGGGAACGCGGGCAGCUUGUGUUUCUUGAGGGUCUCAAGUCUGCCAUGGACAUCUUCUUCCGGCCUCAGGAGGAGCCACACCCGCUGCAGUUCCUCAGGGAGGCCAGUGCUGGGAACCUGCAGCCGCUGUAUGAGUUUGUGCAGGAUGCCCUGAAGCCCGUGGCCAACAGGGAGGCUACAUGGAGGUGCCCUGUGCUGCUGGUGGACGACCUCAGUGUGCUGCUGAGCCUGGGUGUCGGGGCAGUGGCGGUGCUGGACUUCAUCCACUACUGCAGAGCCACUGUGUGCUGGGAAUGGAAGGGAAACAUAGUGGCCCUUGUGCAUGACAGUGGAGACACUGAGGACGAGGAGAAUGACAUCCUGCUGAAUGGCCUUAGUCACCAGAGCCACCUGAUCCUGCGGGCUGAGGGUCUGGCCACCGGCUUCUGCAAGGAUGUGCAUGGGCAGCUGAGUGUCCUGUGGAGGAGACCCCUGCAGCCCACAUCCCAGCGGGAUCAGAGCCUCACUUACCAGUACAAGAUACAGGACAAGAACGUGUCCUUUUUUGCCAAAGGAAUGUCUCCUGCUGUCCUGUGACCUGAUUUAGGGGCAGCUGAAGUUACCUUGGGUUGUUUUUGGAUGCAAAGAUAAAGCAACUGAGCAGAAAUGGAUCUUUACACCUUUGCAGUGGACUGCCAGCACCACUGUGACCCAGGGAUGGUGGAACGGUGCUGUGAUGGUUUGCCUUUGUUCCUGUGGGCCCGGUAUAGAAAAUCCAUGAGGAAUCUGCAGCCCAGCCUCAGCUGAGAGAGAUGCUGCAUGUUAAACUAGGUGAAAGGGAUCCUUUGGUGCCUUCCUUAUAAAUACACUUCAGCCCCAACUGCC